CCCCACUCUCCCUCCUCUUUCCGGCUUUCCCAAACAAAGCCCUAAACUCAAUCCCGAAGGAUUCGCACCCAUAUAUAUUCUUAGUUUUUUUUUCAUUAAAAACUAUGAAUUUGAGCUCUAAAACCCUAGUUUUGGUGCUUGGCCACCAUGGUGAGUUUUAUCUACAAGCCCACCUCUUCAGAAUUUGAAGAAGAGAAAGAACUCAAUACUCGACCUUCAGAGCUUGAGAAAGCAAACCACCCACUUGACCGCUCACUCCCAGAAGUCGAAGACUUUGAUCUCCCUUCAGAUUUUGUUGAUUCAUUUCUUGAUUUUGACUCAAUAAAGGAUUGGAUGGAAGAAAACCCAGAGCCGUACAGCGGUAUAAAUGGCUUAACGGCAGGCCCAGAGAGGGUUGGUUCAGAGAAGGUUGAAUCAGUGGUUGUUGAGAGCAAUACUGAAUUGGUUCAACUUGGUUCUCGCGGGGAAAUUAAAGUGGAAGAUUCAAUUGUACAGGGGUCUGCAAAGUUGGGAAAUUUGGGGUGCUUGAGUCCAGACCAGGACGAAUCUAGUUUACGGAUGGCUGGAAUUGGGGUUUUUGAGCGUGGGAUUGAAGUUGGUAAAGAUAAGGUUUCUAAGGAAAUUAAAGUUGAGGACCCAGUUGUAGAUGAGUUUGGAAAGGUGGGGAGUAUCGGUUGUUUGAUUGAGGAAGAGAUGGAGAGGGUUAGUUUAAAUGGGGUGUCAAAUAGUCCAGCUUUGGUUGUUGAUUCAUUUGGCGCAAAGACUGGUGAAAUAUCAAGUGUUCAUGGUAAGGGUGUCAUUGGCAAUGAUGUGAAGAGUGGUGCCAAGAGUGGUGAUGUACGGAGCAUUGAUGGGAGUGGUUUGAAGGGUGGGGAUAUAGAGAGUGAUGAGGAUGAGAGUGAUAGUGAAUCGGAGUCUGAGAGUGCUAGUUCGUCUUCAUCUGCGUCAUCAUCGACCGCAUCUUCUAGCAGUGAAGAUGAUGCCGAUGAGGAGGAGGAGGAAGGAGAAGAAGAAAAAGAGGAGGAAGGGAAGGGAGAGGUGGACAUGGAAGAGGGUGAGAUAAGGGAUUCUGAUGCACAUAAGAUGGUUGCUUGGAGUGAUGACGAUGAUGAUGAAGAGAAUGGUGGUGGCAGCAGUGCUCUUCGAGGACCGAUUAAGUCCAAGAAUGAACUUGGGGAUCUCCCUCCAGUUCCUCCAGUGAAUGUCACCUUACAGCCAUAUCAUCAGACUCUGCCAGUUGGAGUUGUUAUGUCGAUCAUGGGUACCCAAGUCAUUGUAGAGGGGAUGGAGAAGCACAACCCUCUUAAUGAGGGUUCUAUUCUUUGGAUUACAGAAAGCAGAUCCCCACUAGGGCUAGUAGAUGAAAUCUUUGGACCUGUCAAGAAUCCUUACUAUAUGAUAAGAUACAAUUCAGACAGUGAGGUUCCUGCUGGGAUCCAACAAGGAACUUUGAUCUCGUUUGUUCCAGAAUUUGCAAAUCAUGUCCUCAAUGACAACAAUCUUUAUAAGAAGGGAUAUGAUGCAUCCGGUGAAAAUGAUGAAGAGGUGUUUGAUGAGGUUGAAUUUUCAGAUGAUGAGAAGGAGGCUGAAUACAGAAGGAUGCUAAAAAUGACAAAAAGAGGAACGAAUGACCAGAAAUCUGGAAACAGGACAAAGGAUAAGAAGUUUAAAAACCGUGGUGGGAACUGGAAAAAUAAUCAAACCUCAAUGACACAGGCAACGGCAGGUGUGGGUCAGCCAUUGACUGAUCAGAACCAGCUUUUCAUCCCGCCUGUCUCUGCAUCACUGAGUCAGGGCAAUUGUCCACGCUCCUCUGAAUCAGUCCAAAGUUUUGCUGUUGGGUCUAGCUUCCUUCCAACAUUUCCACAGGUAUCACAGGCCCCUGGUUUGAAUGCAUCUGCUAAUGGAGUUUGGGCAAAUACAAUCUCAUGUCAGCAGCCACAGAAUAUGGGAUUUGCUAGUAGCUUUUCAACAAAUGGUAUGGCGUGGCAACAACAGAAUCGCCCUCAGCAACACCAGAUGCCUUUGCCUAAUGUGGUACCAUUUCAGCAGUUUGAUAAUAGUCAAAUGGUGCCUUCUAAUUUUGUUUUACCAGGUGGGCAAUCAAAUUUUGUCAUGGCACCACCAUUCACCCCUUGGCCAGCAAGCUUGGGACAACAUGGCUUCAACCAACCACCAUUUGGCGUGGGUUUGACAGGCCAACAUGCUUUCCAACCCAUGAAUGUGGGAGCACAAGUGUCAUAUAAUGGCUCACAAAUGCAACAUAAUUAUGAUUUGCAGCCACCCCCUUUUGUAUCCGGCAACAAUGAAAAUUCUCAGAGAUUUAGUCAUGGUGUUAAUUCCUGUCGUGGCAGGAAACCAAACCGCAGGGGUGGUGGUCGUUUUGGCGGUGGGAGAGGCAGGCAGCACUCAUAAAGCUCUUGUUAUGUUCUGGAUGCUUCCUUAAAUUUUGGAUUUUACUCGCAGCAUAGCUAUGUAUAAACUUAUGAUAUCCUCUGAGCAGGGACUAGCUAAACUGUUGCUUUUUAUAGUUAGUGAGUGAUGACCAAGGUAUUUGCUAUCUGGUUUCAAUAUGCUGUACUUCUUGAAGGUGUACAGUCGGCAGUGUUGUGCAUAGGGCUUAUCAUGUCAACAAAUUCUCCUCAUACGGUUUGUUCAUUACUGUGUGAUCAGCUUAUGCUCUUUACAAUUUUGCCAAGGAAGACAAGCUUUCUUAGGAAUCUGUUAUGGCUAGCUUUUCUGCACUGCCCAUUAGAAAUGCACCAAAAUUGGUUUCGUUAGAAUGUAAUUGCGGUAUUUCUCAGCUUUUUUUUUGCUAAUUCUGGGAUUAAUAGGAAGCUAUUAGCCAUCCAUUGAUCUGUCAGCUCACUGCUCCAGCCUCCAGUUGAUUCGUUUCAUCAGUCUGGCUUGUUGAGGUCAAAUUUAUUGUUGUUUCUUCCCAAUUACUUUACCAGAGACAAACCUGUGGAGGCAUUGGUGCUUGAUUCUGAAACUCGUGGGGAUGGGAGGUCCAGGGAGAAG